AUGGAGGGAAAUAAAAUGGCAGCAGAUUGUGAUUACCGUAAAGCUGAAAAGUCUAGUAUGGACAGUUAUAUUCAGAUGAUGAGGGAAGGAAAUACUAGAGAGACAAGUGCCGGGAAAUCAACUCUUAUCAAUAAAAUAUUAGGAAUGCGAACUUUCAAAGGGAGAAACCUGGAGUCCACAUCAACUGUUUGCAAAAUACGAAAUUCUGAAAAGGUGGUAAUAAAAAUUGAGUCAGACACUGGUGCAGUCGAGGUAGAAGAUAUGAGUGACAUUGAUGUAGAAACAAAGCAAGGCGAAAAAACUCUUCGAGAUACUUUGAAGACUCUAACAGAUAUGACUAUUGAGAAAGGUAGUAGAAAGUACGAAAGUGUUGAUAUUGGAUUGCCAGUAUCCUUUUUGAAGGGUAAUACAAUAAUAGUAGAUACACCAGGCAUUGGUGGCUCUGGAAAAGUCAGUCAGAAGGUGAUGAAAUACUUGUCAAAUGCAGUUUCUUUUAUCUUCGUGAUUAAUGUGGCAAGUGCAGGCGGGAUGCAAAGAGACAGGCUUCCUGAAAUACUAAAAUCCAUUAUCCACUUACAAAUGGAGGAUGAAAUGCCUUGUUUUGAUCCACGAAGUGUUAUAUUUAUAACAAACAAAUGGGAUUCAAUCAAGAAAGACCCGGAUGACAGCAGUGAUGAUGAUGAGGAAGAAAAAACAUGGAAAAAAGUAACAGACAGCAUUUAUAGAAACUGGCCAUCAAUCAGGGAAGAGAAUAUUUUCAAAAUGAAUCUUACAGAUGUAUACCGAGUUGAAGCAUCCACGCAAGAGUUUGAGAAAUUUCGAAGUGCUUUAGAAAAAGUGGUUAAGGAAAAUGAAAACAUUAGGAUCACGGAACAUUUUAGAUACCUUUGUACACUCUUGCACGAUGUAUACACAGGAGUUCUCACAAGACAAGAACUGGCAAAAAGAUCGAGAGAAGAACAAGAAAAUAAGACUAAAGAGCAUCAAACGAAAAUUGAUAUACUGAAGAACAAAUGCACAGUGAAAAGCCAUUUUUGGCGUCAGCUAUUAAGAACAUUAUUGAGCAAGAAGCAACUACAAGUUUUGAAUACAUGUCAUCAGACAUCGGAAAGGAAAGAAUCCUUAAUCCAAAAGACUGGCUACCAGUUAUGGAGGUGACGUAUAUUCCGAACAUGCUUGAUGAGGAAGUUCGGGAAAGGAUUGACCGUUAUAUAGAUGAAAAAGUGCGAUCGCCUGAAGUAGUUGAAAGAUUCAAGAUUAUUAAAGAUGAUAUUUUGAGUUUCUAUAAAGAAAUUUCUACCGAAAUAGAAAAACUGGAAAAUGAAUGGACGGGGACUCCUAAUGUAAUUAGCUCAGAAAAGGAAGAAAUGUAUAAAGAGGAGUCAAU